AUGAGAAUCCUCACUUUUCUUUUUGGAGCUCUAGUAUUUGCAAAUCUCUAUGCAUGGACUUUUGCGGCACAGGAAAUGGAUCAUUCGGAUUGGAAGAGAGACCCUCCAAGCCGCGUUUUAUCUCUUCUAACCGCACAAUGUAUUAAGCAUGAGGAAUCUUGUCAAUCGUUCGUCCAAAUGAAUAUUAUCAAAAUCGAAGAUCUUAUCAAACUCCUUGCCACCUUCAAAUCUGCACCAGAGGCCGAGCUGAUCGAUAGAAUCUCUCCAGAAGACCGUAUGGAAACAAUUAUUUUUAAUAACUUCAAUCGAUACAGUAUCGAUUUUUUGGUUCUAUGUGGGGACACAGAAAUUUGGAGCGCCAAAGAGUCCAAUGGAGCGCAUUUUGACCUGAGCCCAUAUUGUGACCAAAAUCUGAUGAUUUAUCACAGGGAAUGUGAAAAAUACAAAGUUUUGAAAGAAUUGAGAAAAGCUUAUAAAAAUGCUACUGACAAACUGUCGCAGUUUUUCGUUAAAUCUCCAAUGCCACAUAUUAAUUUGAAAAUCGAAGGAUUCCAAAUUACAGCUCUUGUGGAUACUGGCGCCCAAUUAUCCAUAAUUACUAGAUCAGUCGCCGAGAAGUGUGGGAUUUUCCAAAAAUUGGAUUCCAGAUUUCAGGUGGAUGCUCAAGGGAUUGGAGGAGUUAGCCAAGCUUUGGGCAAGAUUUUGGAUGUGGAACUAGAAUUUUCUGGUUAUUUCCUUCCAGUAGUCCUGGCAGUUUUUGAAGAGUGCUCUUUGGGAUGUGUCCUUAUUAUUGGUGUGGAUAUUCUGACUGCGUAUUGUGCCAACGUGGAUUUCAAGAACAAAUGUGUGAGAUUCAAUGAGGAGCUGGAAGUUGAGAUGGUUUAG